ACGUUGACGUGAGUAUCUUCGAAGAGAAGUUACGCGCCAAUUUCGUGAACUUUAUUUUGUAAUUAUUUCUUAUUUUAUUGAACGACUAAUCAGGUGAUUUCUAUCUCAAAUAAAAUGGACGAGAAUGACGAACUAGCACAAUUAGAAGAACUACUGUGUGCAGACCUAGAUGAGGCUGAAAAGGAAGAUAAAAUAGAAACUGCUAUCCGUGAAGUUGAUAUCUUCCAGGCAAGCAGUAGUAACGUGGAACCUGAAGAGAAAAGUGCUGACAAGAAACCUCUGAAGUCAGCAAUCCACAAUGGCGACACAGAUUCAUCAGAUGACGAAGAACAAAGAAAUUCUACUGAACGUAAGUACAGUAACUAUGGGUCUGAUGUCAAGAAAAUAUUGGACAAUCAGGAACAUGAACAGAGAGACAAGAGGCUUGAUUUCGAGACCAGAUUACGGCAGACCAAUAUGGACGCCAAGAUCGCCCAAAAUACAUUUAAAACUAAAAAGAGAAUCGAAGAGGCCAGAGAGACCAAAGAUACGUUUUGCGCUCCAGAAAUUAAAAAGAAAGAAGUCAACGAUAUUUACACUGAUCCAGUAUUCGGUAUUAGAAUUACGAAGCCACUGAUAUCAAGCACAGCUCUUCUAGAUCGCAUGCAAGGCAGAGAGGCUGUUAAUAUGCUGAGAGUAAAGAGGUAUGUUGAAAAUGAAGAUCUCUCUAAAGAUUGGGUAAUAGGUGGUGUUGUGGUAAGAAAAAGCGCACCCAAGAAGUCUCAAAAAGGCAAUCAAUUUCUGAUAUGGACUCUUUCUGACCUGAAAGAUGAUUUUAAAACGGUAUCCAUGUUCCUAUUUCGAAAAGCUUAUAAUGAUUUAUGGAAAACUCCAGAAGGUACUGUUGUGGCAGUUCUAAAUCCAAAUGUUCUAGAUAGAUCUCAGAAUAGUGCUGAACAGGCCAGUCUCAGUGUUGAGAAUCCCGACCGAGUUAUGAUCCUAGGACAAUCAAAAGAUCUGGGUGUUUGCAAGAGUAAAAAGAAAAAUGGUGAGAAAUGUACAGCAUUUGUCAAUACAAGUCAAUGUGAUGUAUGCAUAUACCAUGUCAAACAGGAGUAUCAGCAGUAUGCCAGGAGACAGGAACUCCAAUCCUCAACCAUGGGCAAAGGACUAGUUAGCUUACAAAAUAAGGUUCUUGGAAAAAGCACUGUUAUCUACGGAGGUAAAGCUUACUCUGCACUACCUUCAGGAAACACAUCUAAAGUUAAAGAAAGGGAUAGUAAUAGACUGAUGUCAUUGAGUGACUACUAUAAAUCUGAAGGUGACAAAUUCAUGACAAACAAAGCACCUUAUGGGGCAGGUCCCAUGAAAAACAACAGUAUUUUACACAGCCCUGCAGCUCAAAGAACUAGUGACACUGAAAGACUCAACAAACUUACUGGAAGUCCACAAAAUACCAAACCACAAAACCUCAGCUUAGCUGAAAGAGUUGGAAGUUCACCUAAGUUGGGAAGAAGUGGUACUUUUGGCCUCAAAGGCAGUGGUACAAUAGAUCUAAGCAUGACAUACGGACAAAAGGCUGCAGAACGAGCUAAAGCAAAUGCUUUUAGAUUGAUACAACAAAGUGGUGGUCUUGCAAAGGCUGACCCAAAUAACUUGAAAGGAACUCAAGCUGGUAAAAAGAGAGCUUUAGAAAAGUUGAAUGACUCCAACAGUGAUGAGAAUGACAGCAAGAAAUCUAAGGCUGAUGAAGAUGAUGUGACAAGAUCACAACUGAAGAAACCUAAAUCUGUAAUGUCUGAGAGGUUUAAGAAGAUUCUAGAAGCCACUUCAGCUCACCAGAACUUGAUAGAGCAGCAUGACGAUGACGAGCAAGAGAAAUACUUCAAUAAACUUGAGAAAAAGGAGCAAAUGGAAGAGAAAAUGUUGAACACUUAUAAGCUUGCGUGCAAAGCUGUGAGAUGUGUGAAAUGCAAGUACACUGCAUUUUCAGCAGCUCAGAUAUGUAAAGACGAGAGGCAUCCCCUCAAAUUGUUGGACUCAUUCAAGAGGUUCUUCAAAUGUGCUGAUUGUAACAACAGAACUGUCUCCUUAGAACUUCUUCCCCUACAUUCUUGUAGCAACUGCAAGAGCUCUCGCUGGGUGAAAGCACCAAUGAUGAGGGAAAAGAAAGUGGCACUUUCUGAAGGACUAUCCAUCAGAGGUGAAGAGGAAACUUUUAUAGGUGGAGCAGUCACUUCAGGCAAGAAUAUCAAUUUGCUGGUGCCUGAUAGCUGAGGCUUGUUUUUAUGUUAUUUGUAUGUACACAUAGUUUUAAUCUUGACU